AUGAAGAUCUUGUGCGUGGCCGAAAAGCCUUCCAUUGCAAAGAGCAUCGCCAACAUCCUUGCUCGCGGACAUCCUUCCAAUCGACCCGGAAAGGACAAGUUCUGUCGCAACUAUGACUUCCAGUACAAGAUGCCCGGCGUUCAAGGCAUAGUCGAUAUGACUAUGACUUCGGUCCGUGGACACCUCACAAGUGCCGAUUUUGGGCCUCCACACAAAGGCUGGUUCUCUUGUUCCCCCGCCGAUCUCUUCCAUGCGCCCAUCAUUACGGACCUAAGCGACGAUGCAAAGCACAUCGGAACCAAUCUACGCAUGGAGGCUCGCAACGCCGACGCCGUCAUGAUCUGGACCGAUUGCGAUCGCGAAGGCGAACACAUCGGAAGCGAGAUUGUCACCGAAGUGCGCAAGGUGCGGCGCAACAUCCGCGUCAUGCGUGCCCGCUUCUCGGCCAUCAUCGACUCGCAGAUCCACGCGGCCUGUCAGAACACCGUUGACCUCGAUUGGAGGGCCGCCGACGCCGUAGAGUCGCGCAUCCAGCUCGACCUCCGCAUAGGUGCCGCCUUCACCCGCAUGCAGACCCUGGCGCUGCAGAACCGCAUCCCUGCCUUCAGCGAGCAGCGCCAAGUCAUCAGCUAUGGCCCUUGCCAAUUCCCCACGCUAGGAUUCGUCGUCGAUAGGUACAACAAGGUGGUCCAUUUUGUUCCCGAGCCCUUUUGGCUGUUGCAGGUGCACAAGACACGCAGCAUGUCCGGCGGCGAUCCAUCCCCCGACGAUCCGGCCGACGAGAUCCGCAAGGUCGCCUUCAGCUGGGAUCGCGUCCACUUGUUUGACAAGCGCGUCGUCCAGAUCUUUCGUGACCUCUGCCGUGCCAGUCCCGACGCCACCGUCGACAACGUCGCCAACAAGCAGACCAAAAAGUGGAAGCCGUACCCGCUCACUACCGUCGAGCUGCAAAAGUCGGGCUCUCGUCUCUUGCGACUCACCCCCAAGCGCAUCCUCGACGUUGCCGAAUCCCUUUACCAGAAGGGCUUCCUCUCAUAUCCAAGAACCGAAACAGAUCAGUACGACAAGGAGUUUGAUUUUACCAGUCUCCUCGCCAAACAGACGGCCGACGGUGCUUGGGGAAACGUAGCGCAGCGUCUGUUAGAUGGCGACUUUGAGCGGCCACGAAACGGCAGGAACAACGACAAAGCGCAUCCUCCCAUCCAUCCGACUUCGCAUGCAAACGGUCUCACUGGAGACGACAAGCGCGUCUACGAUUAUGUCACCCGCCGUUUUCUUGCCAGCUGCUGGAAGGAUGCACUCGGCAACCAGACCACCGUGUCUAUCAGCAUUGCCGGAGAAAAGUUCCACGCAUCGGGUCUCGUCAUACUCCAGCGCAACUAUCUCGAAGUGUUCACAUAUGACAAGUGGGAAGGCAACCUUCUGCCUCCCUUUGUUCGCGGCGAAACCUUUCGACCGACGCGCCUCGAGAUGAAAGAAGGGUCCACCACGCCGCCCAAACUGCUCACGGAAGCCGACCUGGUCAAUCUCAUGGACAAGAACGGCAUUGGCACCGACGCCACUAUCGCAGAACACAUCGCCAAGGUCAUCGAGCGUCGCUACGUGAUGUCCGUCAAAGAAGGCAAGACCACGUACCUCGUUCCCUCGACGCUUGGCAUCGGUUUGGUGGAAGGGUAUAAUCAGCUCAACCUCGAAAAGUCGCUCAGCAAACCCCUGCUGCGGCGCGAGACUGAGUUCCGCAUGUCACUCAUCUGUGCCGGUCAGCGUUCCAAAGCAGACACGAUCGCAGAGAGUCUGGAAGAGUACCGCCAGGUGUUUGCGUUGACGAAUCGUGAAUUCGAUCGCAUUGCCGCGACGGUGGUUCAGUAUCUCACUGACCCGAGUGCUGGCCAGGAAGCUCGUGCCAUCGAGCGUCUCGACAGAGACGAAGCCGAUCCGGAAGGAUUUGGCGAUGGUGAUGAUAGUGAUGCGGACAGCGAUGACGAAUUCGAUCAGCCUGGCAACGGCGGCAACGGUUGCGCAGCCACACGGGGUCGUGCCGCCAACGGUCGUGGAAGGGGCGCUGCUAGCUCUCGAGGAACUGGAGCCACACGCGGUCAGCGAGGGGGUGCAACAGCAGCUCCACCGGCGCGACGUUUCGAUCCACCAGACGACGACGACGAUGCUAGCUCGGGAAUACCUCCACCACCUCGGACAACUGGCGGCACUGCGGCUGCAUCACGCUCAUUUGGCGGUGCCGCGAGCGGGGGAGGCGGAAGUAGAACGAAACAAUGCCUGUGCGGCGAAGCGGCGGCGGAGAGGACGACGAAUAAGGCCGGUCCCAAUCAAGGUCGCCGCUUCUUUGCGUGUGCCAAGCCGAUGGGCGAUCCAGGCAAAUGUGACUUUUUCGACUGGGCCGACUCAGCUGACAGCAGCAGUCGUAACACAUCGACGGCUACGACCAGGAUGGUCCCAGCCAAGCGACCGGCCCCGCGGGACAACGAUGCGGACGGUUGGAUGUCGAACAUGCGCUCCAGUGUCUCGGGGACACGCCGAUGCGAGUGCGAUCUGCAAGCGGUUCUCAAGACGACUACAAACGGAGGAACGAACCAAGGCCGAUCAUUCUGGACGUGUGGCCGUGAGAGUGCGCGCCUACGCUGCAAGUUCUUUGACUGGAACGACGACGCUGAUGGAGGCACGGCGGGCAGCACUAGCAAUGGCUACGGUAGACCUUUGAACGGUGCAAACGCGGCGGGAGGAGGGGGUGGCGACGGUUGCUUCCGGUGUGGACAAAGCGGUCAUUGGGCAUCCAAUUGCCCUAACCCACAGCAGUCUAACAUGGGCGGUAAUGGAGGCUCGUCAACAUCAUCGACGAGGGGUGGAAACACUGGCGGCGCCAAGAGCAGAGGAAGAGGCAGAGGUAGGGGCGGAUCUAAGGGCGGCGGCGGUAAAGAUGACGGUUGCUUUCGAUGCGGCCAAAAGGGUCAUUGGUCGAGCGACUGUCCAGGCACCUAA